AUGGGGUGGAAAACCAAGAAGUACAAAGCAGAAAAAUUCCCAAAAACCGCUGAUAUCGGAGAAAUGCUGAGAGGGCCGCAAGGGACCGUGAAGCCUGUCAUGGCACCUCUCUCUGACAGGCUGUCUUAUUCCUCCAGUGAAACUUCCCUUCCAGAUAUGGAGGAACUGGACAGCAUGGCACGGAGACUGAGAGCUGAAAUCCCUGCAAAGAAGUCAGAGAGCUCCCCAGUGACAGAGGGAGCUCUGAUGGCCCUCCUGGACAACGUCCGCCAUAAUAUAGGGGCUGACAUUAACUCCUUCAAGGAGGAGAUCAGUGCAGUGUUGAGGCGCCUGCGCGACGCAGAACUAACCACUGCUGCCUACGAGGUCCCACCUCACUAA